GAUAAAAAUCAGGUGACCAAACAGUAAAGAUGGAAGUUCUAUUGCAAGAGGAAAAAAUUGAUAAUAUGAAAGAGGAAGAUGAUUGCAUAGAGUUGGUAUCGUCUUCAGAAAGCUUGAACGUUGAUCAGAUACUAACAAAUGAACUGGCUCGACUUGAAGCCUUAUGGGAAAGUAAAGGAGUUAUUGGUCCAGGUUUAUUAAACAAAAUAGAACCACAAUCAGUAACAUCUGACGUGAAACUUUUUUCCAAAUGCUAUGUGAGGCUUGAAAGGAAUAACCAACUAUUUAAUAUUAAUCAAACUGAAUCAUUACGAAGAUCUAACAUUGUUAUGGACCCUAACAGAUUUUACUGUGAUGCGUGUGGCAGUUCUUACAAGGCCAAGAAAAAUGUAAUCAGGCACAUAAAAAGAAACCAUGACCCGAAUAAACGCUCCAUACCCAAGUACCCUUGCAAUAUUUGCGGCCAAAAUAUAAAGACAAAACGCGAUUUUCUCCUACACAUGAAGAAUCAUGGAAAGAAAUGUUUCAAAUGCAUGAUAUGCACCAGAGAAUUUGUAAGUAAGUGGGUUUUGGACAAUCAUGAGCGAACACACACUGGUGAAAAACCUCACAGCUGCGAUAUAUGUAACAAAUCAUUCGCACACAAAGCUACUUUAUAUACACAUAGAACUAUUCACUCGAUUAAGCGACCGUUUGCGUGCAAAAUAUGCAACAAGACAUUCAAAACUAAUAGCACCUUAAGUGUACAUGAACUUAUACAUACAGACAAGAAACAUAUAUGCCUCAUAUGCAGCAAACCAUUCAAUGAAAAGUACAAACUAAUAAUACACGAACGCACACACACAGGGGAAAACCCUUUUCAAUGCGAAUUGUGUGAUAAGAAAUAUAAAUCGAAGCAAGACUUACGUGAACAUAAACAAGUUCACGAUCAAAUACUUUACUGCUGCAAAAUAUGUGGCAAGGCUUUGAAGACUAAGAAAAGUUGGAUAAGGCAUGAACGUGAUCACUUCAGAACUGAAAUAUUCUCCUGUGAACAAUGCCCUAUGGAAUUUAAAGAUAAGUAUAUUUUGAUUAAUCACAUGCGAACUGUUCACGCCACAGACAGACCCUAUUCUUGUGAAACUUGCAAAAAAACCUUCAAAACUAAAAGAAACUUAAAGAGUCAUUUAAGGUCUCACAGUAAAGAGAAGGCUUUUACGUGCCCGAUAUGUAAUAAGUCUUUUACAUACAGCACUACUUUAUCAAAACAUAAAAAACUUCACGAUAAUAAUAGACCGUUUCAAUGUGUCAUAUGUCCUCGAAAAUAUACAGAUAGAGAAUAUUUAAAGAGGCAUAUCAGAACACACACGGGUGAAAAACCAUAUGCUUGCGAUAGAUGUACGAAAAAAUUUAAAUCGACUAAGGAACUAAAUGCACAUAAACUAAGGCACACGAGUGAGAAAAAGUACAUUUGCGAUUAUUGUAAUAAAGCUUUUAAGAUGAAAAGUACUCUACCCAUACAUAUGCGCGUCGUACAUUUUAAAGCCAAGCCAUACACAUGUUGCUUGUGUGAAAGGAGUUUCGGAGCCAAAAUCAAUUUGCAAUCACACAUGCGUACACAUACAGGAGAAAAACCGUUUAGUUGUAAAAUAUGUAACAGGUCUUUUGGGCAAAAGAGCUGUCUGAUGAGGCAUGAAAGAAUUCAUGAUGAAAAGGAACAUUUGAUCAACCACUAUUAUGUUAUUUGAUUAAAAAAUACAUUUUUUUUUUCAUAUUAUUGAUCUUUAUUAUAUUUGUUCAUUCAUUAUUUUAUCAUGUCUCUUUGUACUUUGUUGUAUCGUAACCUGUCUUUUCCAUGUCGUAUCUUUAGUUGUGUUUAUCUGAUAAUGAUAAUAUGCCAUUUAUAUGUAAGAGCGGGUGACUUUUAAUCUGAUGGUUGCACCUUCAAACCUUGGCUUGUACCAAUAACUUUUUCGUAUCUACAGUUAAAUAUCAUUUGACAUUUACAAGUCACUUUUCAGUGAAGAAUUACAACUUGAGGAAACAAAUCCAGCAAGGCCCAAUUACAAUCUCAGUGUGAAUCUCGAAAUACAUCCUUCGACAUAUACGAAAGUGGCAACAUGUCGUGUCGUCUCGUUUUCUCACACAUAUUGAUAAGAAAGGGAUGGCACGACGGUGUUGCUACUUUUUAAUUUCAACUCUUUUGUCAACUUGUAAAAAUUCUCACAAGAUAAGCCUUUCCAUUUUAAAAUGCCUAUAACCUAUCUUUAGUUAGAAUAUUAUUGGACAUAGGUAAGUAUAGGUUUUUUUUUUAUUUACAUUAUAUUUGUUAAGCUCUUAUUAUCACAAUAUUUUAAUAUCUAUAUGUUGUUGUAAAAUGUAUAAGUA